CCCGGAGGUUAUACGAUGUGGCGUGAAACCUGCUACAAAGCGUUCAACGAAUAUAAAUUCGUCGGGACCUUCAGCGCUGCGGCCGAGAUCUGUCGCAAAGAUGACGGUACCCUCGCCAUGCCCCGAGAUGCGGAAACCAACAACUUCCUAGUCUCCUUAGAGCGAAACAAAGGGAGCUUUUACUGGAUCGGCCUGCACGAUCGGCGCACAGAGGGAAAGUUUGAGUGGAUGGACGGGUCUGUGCUUGGAAAGUACAGCUCGUGGUCUGGGAGAGAACCAGAUAGCAAAUACGGGAAUGAAGAUUGCGUUGCUUUCUCCAGCUAUUCCAAUUGGGGGCAUUGGUAUGACCUGAAAUGCAACAACAGAGAAUACUUCUUCUGCCAGGUUCCUCCAGGACGUCUCUAGACUGCAGGCUGAGCUCUCACCGCAACUAUGUGACGAUUUUCAGACCGUCUUCUUUUUUUCUUAGAAAACUCAACAGAACUAAUAGGCAACUUAAGUUUUGAAAUUAUCGCUUUGUUAGAUGAUAUACUGACACACAAAUGUAAGCAAUUGACAAGUUUCAUGUACAGUGUGGUUUUGUUACUAAACCACUAGAACUUGUGAAGAUAAGUUUUUUAAAACUUUUUUAUGAAAUUAUCACUCUUUUAGAUUUCAUUCUAACACACAAAUGUAAGCAAUUGACGAGUUUCAUGUACAGUGUUAUUAUGUCACCCAAGCAAUGAAACUUGUGAAGAUGAGUUUUCUUCAAUUUUCCCUGAAAUUAUGUUUGUUAAAUUAUAUUCUAACACACAAAUGUAAGCAAUUGACGAGUUGCAUGUAUAAUAUGAUUAUGUUACUCAGCCACUAGAGCUUAAAAUAUGAAGAUAAGUUUUCUUUAAGGUUUCCAUGUUUUUUUUUUGGUUUUCAAUCUGAUUUUUACUUUUUUUUUAGAUGCUCCAUUUAAAGACAGUGAAUAGUUUAUAGAUUGACUUAGGCCAAUGGUUCUAGAUCAAAUGAUUUAUCAAUUUAUUUAUUAAAUGAAUUAUUUUCUGAACCUAUUAAACCGGACAAUUUUGCUUGUCACUUAUCUAGUCGAUGGGAUUGCAAAAUUCAGUUUUAUGUGCUGUCAAAAAUGUUAAACGUUUUAUGAGUUGAUCUUGUAAAAUAAUUCUAUAGGGAAAUGCCAGACCCUCCGCGCCUAUUGAAAGAUAAAACUAGUAACAGAACCUUACUGUGACCUGUGUUCACUGUGACCUGGUCUUUGAGUGAUAGUCGACAAAAUAGUUGUUGCAUGUGAACUAAAUACAGGAGAUUGGACAUUAUUAUUUUGAGCUUGCAAUGUGGUGUGCUGUAGAUUUAGAAGUGACAGAGUAGAAGUGCCGUCUACCUUCUUAUGUUUUGUAACCAGUUAUUUGUAAACCUGUAUUUGUUGUAACCAGCUCUAGGCUACAUUGUUAUGGGACAAAUACUGUUAUCGUGUCUAACAGGAAGGGCAACUCGCUUUUUCGAUUGUGCAACUCCAAUCUGUGUUAAUGAAUAAGACUUUAAGAGGACA